CCCAUUUACGGUGUUGUUAUUGGUCAUCUAGCUGGCUGGUUAAGUUAGCACUAGCCUAGCUAGCUAACGUCCGCGACAAUGAGCUCGCUAAGCUACUCACCUCCUGCUAAAGCAGAGGGGGUCUGCUGGACGGAGAAAGAGGGUCUGUGGCUGAACGUUGUCGUAAAAGAGGAGAAGGAAGAAGAGGAGGAUGUCACUGUACAAAAACAAGUAGAGGCUGAAGCCACGGGAUCAGUGUCUCUAAAUUUGGACAGUUGCUGCUCUGAUGAAAUUGACCGGGAGAGUGACACAGAAGGAAUGGAUGAGGACUCUGUGAGUGACCAGAGUUUUGAUUCCAGCGCGGAAGAAAUGUUUUUGGAAGGAAAAGAUCCACUUUUAGAUCAUGGUAGAGACUCUGACUCUGAUGACCUCUGGGUGCCACUCCAAAGAGACCACAGUCCUCCAUCCCCUACUCAUUCAAACGUAGGAACUGGUUCCUCCAGUAUGACCCCUGCUGCUGCUGCCUCUGGCUCCACACCCACCCUGGCCCGGCCAUCUAGAGGUGUGAAGAAGUCAGCCCAGAAGCGGAGAAGGGCCGGUGAGCCAGCGGCAACUACCACCGAGGCAGAGGACCGCUGGCACACUGUGCUAGAGGAUGACGUGGAGCCACUUCUACCAACAUUUAGACCGAGAAGGCAGCCAGGACCUCAGCUGGACAUGACUGCAAAUUACAGCCCCCUUCAUCUUUUCCAGAUGUUUUUCUCCUUGUCAGUUCUUGAUUCGCUGGUGUCUAACACCAACAAGUAUGGGGCUAAGAAACAAGUAGGCAAGAAAGAGGCAUGGAAGCCCAUUUCCAUCCAAGACCUGUACUGUUACAUCUCACUGGUUAUUUACAUGGGGCUCGUGAAGUUGAAUAACCUGAAGGACUACUGGAGAAGCUCAACACUCUACCAACUGCCUUUCCCCACCACUGUCAUGUCAUCUAACAGGUUUCUGACUAUCUCACGGGCACUUCAUAUCAGUGACCCACAAGUUGACGACGACAAUGACAAGAAGAGAGGCACAUCAAGCUUUGAUAGGCUCUGCAAAAUCAAACCUCUCUACCCCAGCAUGGUUGAGGCCUGCAAGACCCAUUUUCAGCCCAACCAGAACGUGUCCAUAGAUGAGAGGAUGGAAGCCUCAAAGGAUACAAAUGGCCUCAAACAAUAUACGCGUAACAAGCAAACAAAAUGGGCUUACAAACUGUUUGUUUUGGCCGAUUCUGUGUGUGCCUACACUUGGAAUUUGUUUGUUUACGAGGGGAAAUCCAUCCCAGACACCGGUAAGGGACUUAGUUAUGAUGCAGUUAUGGAAUUAUUGGAUUUUCAACUGCUGGGGAUGGGCUACAAACUGUUUGUGGACAACUUCUACACAAGCCCUACCCUGUUCACAGACCUGAGGAAGCUGAAUGUGUGGGCUUGUGGCACCAUUUGUCCCAACAGAGUGGGUUUUCCCAAAACAAAAGUAAACGACAUGCCAAAGAGGGCUGAUAGGGGUACCAUGCGAUGGAUUCGUAAAGAUGACCUGCUCUUUGUAAAGUGGAUGGAUACCAGACAGGUGGUCAUGUGCUCCAGUAUCCACAAAUCGUACAGUGGCGAUCACGUUGUCAAGCGUGUGAAGGACGCUAAUGGGGCAUGGACCACUAAAGAUGUCCCCAUUCCUGCUGCUGUAAAGGAUUACAACAAGAUCAUGGGAGGUGUGGAUCUGUCAGACGCUCUGAUAGGCUACAACAAUGUUCUCCACAAGACAAUGAAAUGGUACAGGACAUUGUUCUAUCACUUCAUUGACAUUGCUGUGGUGAAUGCAUUCGUCCUUCAUAAGGAAAUGGCUAAGAGCUGUGGACAGACUCCCAUGACACAGCUAGCCUUCAGAGAGCUGCUCAUCCAGGAGCUUGCUGGCUACGGCACAAAGUCCACUGCAGCACCUUCUGUCCGCUCUACAUCUGUCCCCUCUACUCCUGUCGCCAGUGGUGUUCACCUGCAAAAAUACAUCACUGCAGACCUGAAUGUGCCUCUGGGUAAAAAGAGCACAGCAGGGAGGCGUCGUUGUGUUCUGUGUCACAAGAAAUCUUCCAUCACCUGCUCUACUUGUUCUGUUACCCUCUGCUUCACAGCAGAGAGAGACUGCUAUGGGACUUGGCAUCAGCAGCACAAUCUGGUGUAGAGGUGUUACCCUCUGCUUCACAGCAGAAAGAGACUGCUAUGGGACUUGGCAUCAGCAGCACAAUCUGGUGUAGAGGUGUUACCCUCUGCUUCACAGCAGAGAGAGACUGCUAUGGGACUUGGCAUCAGCAGAACAAUCUGGUGUAGAGGUGUUACCCUCUGCUUCACAGCAGAAAGAGACUGCUAUGGGACUUGGCAUCAGCAGCACAAUCUGGUGUAGAGGACUGUGGUUUAAAAAAACAAAAAAUCAAAUUGUAAAUAGUUUUUUUCCCCCCCUUCUCACUUUGUGUGUGGUUUGUGGUGCAUUUAUGACAUUAGAUCAGUGUUGGCUGCUAACUUGGCCCUUAUCUUAAAUAGUUCACUUCUGUGUUGGAUCAGCGUUCUCGUCUUAUGUUAGUACCUUUUACGUAGGGAAGCUAAAGAUCCAUUAUGAAUGACAUUCCUAGAGGUAUGUGUCAACUUACAUUUUUUUAUUGCCAUAGCAUUUUAGUAUGUUCUCUAUAGUCAUUAAGUUUUGGGCAAACUCAUGAGGGACACCUGGGAGAACUUCAUACUAAAUAUGAUGUAGUGCUGUCAUUCUUCAACGUAUCAGUCUGACACUUUGCUGCCAUGUGGUGGACAACAGCUAAAUGAUCCUUUCAGCUUCCUGUCUCAAUGUAAAGGCCUUUUCUUUUGCAUUUCAACUUCCUGUCUCAAUGUAAAGGCCUUUGCAUUUCAACGAUGAUCAAA